AUGUCCUGCAACGUAGAAGAUAUGAGUUGGUCAGAUGCCCGGAACUUGCUACGGAAGUGGCGGGACGAUAACGAAAGGAAGAGUGACGAUGUAAUGCAACUGUGGGAUAAUGUACUGUCCUCAAAACAGAGCAAGCUAGGCAACGAACGUCACCUGGUGCUGGAACAGGUGAUAAUUGCUGCCCUCGAUUGUAACCGCAUCGAGACGGCGGAACACUGCGUGAGCAUCCUGUCGGCCGAAUUCCCCGGCAGUCUUCGCAUACAAAAGUACCGAUCGAUGCUUCUAGAGGCGUUGGAACGGUACGAUGAUGCGCUGGACGAGCUGGAACAGAUCAUUCGGAAGGAUGAAACGAAUGCUGCACCGCGGAAGCGCAAAGUGGCCAUUCUGAAAACGCAGGGCCGCACUAACGAAGCAAUCAAGGAGCUGUGCGAUUACAUGAAAAUCUUCAUGUCCGACCAGGAGGGUUGGCAUGAGCUAUGCAAUUUGUAUCUGGCGGAAGGCGAAUAUGCGAAGGCGGCAUUCUGCAUGGAGGAGCUACUGCUGCACAACCCGCACAGUCACCUCAUCCAUCAGCGGUUGGCUGAUAUACGGUACACAAUGGGUGGCAUCGAGAAUAUCGAGAUGGCUAAAACACACUACUGCAAAGCGGUAAAGCUGAACGUUAACAAUCUGCGAGCCUUGUAUGGUUUGUUUUUGUGCUGUGGCCACAUUUCUAACUCGAAGGCCGUGGUGGGCAAAAGAAAGGAGGCGCAGAAGCUUGCUCAAUGGGCAAUGGCACAAAUUCAGUCGCGAACACAAUCGGCGACGAAAGAAGAUACCAAAGCUGCCCACAAAAUGGGCAAAAGUAGGGCCGCCGGAUGUGAAGACGAGCUGCAAGCGCUCGAACAAGCAUUCGGAGGUUUGGAAGUUGGAAAAAGCACUAAUUGA